AUGGCGCCCACACGCGGUCGACUGAAGGGUAUCUAUCCGGAGAGGAAGAAAGGCAGCAAGUCGACGCUCAAACAGAAAUCGAAGAAGGGGAAAUCGAGGCAACAGUGCCAAGGCGACGCCGAUUCCGGCGGGUACACCACCGAGGAGGAGGAGGAGCUCCGGCAGUUCGACAUGGACAUGUCCUACGGCCCGUGCAUCAGCGUCACGCGGCUGCGGCGGUGGGAGCCCGCCGCCGCACCUCCGUGA